AUGCUAAGGCUUCACACUUGGGCUAGUAGGCAUCUCUCUUAUGCAGGGAGGACCCAAAUCAUAACAUCUGUCCUGUUGGGUUUGCGGAACUACUGGAUGAAUAUCUUCUUGCUCCCUCAAAGUAUAGUCAAAGAGGUUGACAAAUUAUGCUUGUGGUUUCUGUGGGGUAACAAUGGUACCAAAAGUAGCUUCCAUCUUACCUCUUGGUCCAAAGUUUGCUUGCCAAAAGCUUUUGGGGGUUUGGGUUUCGAUGAAGGAGCUAAGUGGAACAAGGCAAAGCUUGCUAAAUAUGUUUGGGCCAUUAGUCACCAACAAGAGACUUUGUGGGUGAAGUGGAUAAAUAUUGUCUACUUAAAAGACCAAUGUUUCUGGAAAUACCAACUUAAGUUAGAUUCAAGUUGGUAUUGGCUCAAACUAUGCCACAUUCGAGAUGUCUUUACUCAAAGGGAAAUAGAUGAUGCUGGCAGUCAAGGGAGGUUCAAAAUUGGUAUGCUCUAUAAGAGUUUUAUCCACCAAGAUCAAGUCAAGUACCAACACUUUGUGUGGAAUAGGAUGAGUGUGCCAAAGAGUCGUUUUAUAAUUUGGCAAGCGGUGAAUGACAAUUUGUUAACCCGGGAUCACUUGCACAGGGUGCUUAUGCAUCUUGACUGCUACCUUUGCCCGGUUUGUGGACAGAUUGAAGAGAAUCAUGACCAUUUAUUUUUUAAUUGUGAUUUCUCUCAGCAGGUUGUGCACCAGAUUCAAACUUGGAUUGGCUGCAAUUGGUCUUUACGGUUCAUCGAUUGGACCCGAUGGAUUGAAGAUAUGAGAAAUGGUGUUAAGGCAGCGAUUAUGGUAGCAGUGUUUUCAGCAACAAUUUAUUUUAUUUGGCAAAAUAGGAAUACUUGUUUUUUUAAUAGUUACUCUCUUAGAGUGAAUGCUAUUGUAGAGAUGAUAAAAAGAGAUAUAGUUUAUAGAGUUAGUUGCUUUACUCAAAAGAAAAUGAAAGAAAAUGAGAGGAUCUUUGUGAGGAAAGUGUGUUCCUUGUAA